CGAUGCAGCCCUGCGCAGAUAAGCAAGGUUUAUUUGGAAAAAAAAAAUUACGAAGGAGUGAGAAGCAGCGGGGGACGGGCAAUAAAUUAAUUAAGCACUGUUAAUACAUAAUUCGCGGCGAUAGGUGUGCUGUAAUCCACAUUGACAGAUUCAAUUGCCAGGCUACAAUUACGUGUGUUUUUAAGGUCAAGGUCGCUGCUGGCAAUGGCCGAAUUGGUGAGAGACUGGCUGGCGGACUAUCAGCGGACUCGAGGGCAGCCAGCCGAGUCGCAGGCGUUUGUUGUGGAACAUGAGACGGACCCGGAAAUCGCCGAGGCCAUCUUCACCAUAUUCAAUGAGAGGCAGCGCAACGAGGAGAUGGUUCACGACAUUUGCCAGCAACUGUUGUCCUUCUAUAGGUCGCCCGAGGUGACGCUACACAAGUUUCCGUUGCAAUUCAUUCCUGUUCUAAUCUACACGUACCUGCAUGCCGUUUCGGCGGGCGAUAAGAAGGCGUCUCGCGGAGUGGAGACGCUGCUGAUUUGCAUUUAUAACGGUGAGGUGUCCACCGACGAUGGCGGCCAGAAGGUGGUGGUCUUCCGCAUGCCCAUCCUAGCCCAGACGUCUGUGUACCACGAAAUGAAAAAUCUUCCGUUGACCGAUCUGCGGCGCUGGGAGGAGAACUGCAACCGCGAGCUCAAGUGGGGACCGCAUCAGCGAAUUGAGACGGUGAAUGCCCAGAACCGCAUGCGGAUCCUGACGACACUGCUCUUUUGCUACAACCAGCACGUCAGUCAGACGCAAAAGUCUUCGUUGCUGCAUCUAUGCCGUGUUACGUCGCAGAUGGUUAAUCAGGGAUUCACCACCAAGUCCGGGCAUGGCCAUCGCAUGAGCUAUGGAUCUGAUCCAGCGACGGGGGCCACUUUUCCAAAACCAUCUUCUCCGCGCAUUCCACUGUCAUCGUCCUUCCUGAUCGAAUUGGUGCACGCCAUUUACUUUGCCAUGUUCAAUGGCUAUGGUACGAUAGCCAUACAGACACUGGACGAUAUACACAACCGGGCCACAUAUGAAAUGUACACGGAGCUCAUUCUGGUGACCAGCGCCGUGCGCAAUUCACUGCACGCGAACCCGUCGGGGCAGCCCAACGACGGGCCAAUGGGACUGAGCGUAGCCCUGACACCUGCCACCAAUACGGUGACCACAUCAGUGUCGAAAUCCAUGAUCACGAACGCAUCAUUCCGCACGAAAAAGCUGCCCGAUGACAUACCCAUACAGGUGCAGGACCUCACCAUGCAGCAGAACCCACAGCAGCUGGCGAGCGUCACUGAGGAAGCAGAGCCGGGAGCCAAGGAGUCGCCGUCGACCAAGGAGAGCUCGAGCACUCGUACAUCCAUCAUGCGGCCGAGCAUGGAAGGGAUCAAGGCCCAGGCGCACAAGGCCUUGAUCGCGGGCUUCAAGAAAUCAAAGGACAAGGAGAAGGAGAAGGACAAGGAACCGCCGAAACCACCGCAACGCAAGUUCGACAAGCACACGCAGCGCAACUCGCUGCUGCAGCUGCAAUCGGAAUUGAAUUCGAAUUCAAAUGCGGAGCAGCAACCCCCCUCCGAUAUGCUGCCGAUGCAGACGCUCUCGCUGAUAAAUGAGAACGGCAGCAACAGCUUCAGUAUUGACAGCGACCUCAACGAUGGCGUCCAAGGCGUUGUGGCAGGCAGCGGGGCACUGCCCUCGAUAAACAGCAACACGAAUUCGGUCACGAGCAGCGACAUGCUGACCAAAAGCUUCGAUUCCAGCAUCGAACUGGCGCCCCUGGGCCACAGCAAUAGCAACGGCGGCAAGCUGGCGGAGCAUGGCCUGGUGGAAUAGUAUCAUCCCACAGCCAACAAGCCAAAUCCAAGUAUCAAGUAUAUAUAUUUAUUAUCACUAUUAUAUAUAUUCGCAAUUUACUGCUGGGUAUUAGCUGAUCGUAACCCGGGCGCGGAUCAACUGUAAAUCUGAAUGUAACGCAAUACUUAAGGAACGUUUGAAUUUGUUAAAAUUUAAUGGGUUCUCUCAGUUAUAUAUACGAUAAUGUAUUCUAAUCCUAAUUGUUGGUAAAAUCUACAUUACUACUUAUGGAGUCCAUGUACAUAUA